AUGGGUAACGACAAGAGAGUCGGUGCCUACUAUGCACCAACCGGUGGUCUGCCACCACAAAGCCAGCUUUUGACCGACCGCGCCAUGUUCACCGAAGCCUACGCUGUCAUCCCCAAAGGCGUAUUCAGCGACAUCGUGACCAGCUUCCUUCCCUUCUGGGAAAAGACCCGUCUCUGGGUAAUUGCCCGCCCACUUUCCGGCUUCGCCGAGACCUUCUCUCAAUAUAUCAUGGAAGUGCAGCCCGGUGGUGGCAGCGAGCGUGCCGAAUUAGACGACGCCGCUGAAGGUGUGCUCUUCGUGGUCGAGGGCGAGAUCACCGUCACUCUGGCUGGCCAGAAGCACACUCUCACCGAGGGCGGAUAUGCCUUCCUCCCACCCAAGAGCGGCUGGACUCUCCGCAACGAGGGCGCAAGCACUGCCCGUUUCCACUGGAUUCGCAAGGCCUACGAGGCUGUUGAGGGACUGGAUGCUCCCGAGCCCCUGUUUCUGAAUGAUAAAGAGGUCGCACCCACUGCUAUGCCGAAUACCGAUGGUGCUUGGGCGACUACUCGCUUUGUUGACCCGAAUGAUUUGCGCCAUGAUAUGCAUGUUACUAUCGUUACUUUCGAGCCUGGUGGCACCAUUCCUUUUGCUGAGACCCAUGUUAUGGAGCAUGGUCUUUAUGUACUGGAGGGUAAGGCUGUGUACCGACUCAAUCAGGACUGGGUUGAGGUUGAAGCUGGUGACUUUAUGUGGUUGCGCGCUUUCUGCCCACAGGCUUGUUAUGCUGGUGGCCCUGGAAAGUUCCGAUACUUGCUUUACAAGGAUGUGAACCGUCACAUGAAGUUCCCUGGAUCUCGACUUUGA